AUGCUGUGUUGACUUUUACUUAACGUGUUAAGAAGCACUAAAUAAUAAUGCGAUGAAGUAUGAAGUCGAAUAAACUGCAGAUUUGUGUUUAUAAAUUAAAUCGUUUUCUCUGAAUACUUUUCUGCGAUUGGCGACAACCAUGGAUUGUUCUGUAUCACAAGCGGGUUCACUUCUGCCGUCUUUGCACCAGUCUUGUUCUCCGGAACAUCACUCUCAUCAUCCCAGUGAGCUAAGAACAUCUCCUGGAAGUGUGGACUGCUACAGUUCCGAAGGGGAUCAUCCUUUGGCGCUAUGCUUACCGAACUCACAAACAUUGGUCCAAGCGUCCAGAACUCCUCCGCCACCGUGGAGUGUUCCGACAAAAAAAGGCACCCCUGGUUUAAUUUGCGUUGUCUGCGGAGAUACGAGUUCCGGGAAGCACUAUGGCAUACUCGCAUGUAACGGAUGCUCAGGAUUUUUCAAAAGAUCCGUCAGAAGAAAAUUGAUAUACAGAUGUCAGGCUGGAACUGGAAGAUGUAUAGUAGACAAAGCUCACAGGAAUCAAUGCCAAGCCUGCCGUUUAAAAAAAUGUUUGGCCAUGGGAAUGAAUAAAGAUGUUAUAAUUUUAGCUGUUCAAAAUGAAAGGCAACCCAGGAAUACUGCGACCAUCAGACCUGAAACGCUGAGGGACAUGAGCGCAGAACAAGAACGGGCGCUAAGGGAAGCUGCUGUUGCAGUUGGAGUUUUUGGGCCCCCGGUUCCCCUAACUAUGGCUUUGACUUCAGCAAGAUAUUCACACAAUCUUUUACCCUCUGUUCCACCACCGACUUUGCCCAACAGAGAACCAACUCCCACAAAAGAAAACAGUGAUAAUGACGAGGAAAGCAUAGAUGUCACUAACGAGGAAGAAGAUACUCCUAGUUCAGGCUGCGGUGUCUCAUCUAGCAGUGGUCCGUUACGACCUGAACCUCAACCCGCUACUGGAUUAACAACAAGCCUAUAUUCUUCAUCGCACGAAACCAUUUAUGAAACGUCAGCGAGACUACUAUUCAUGGCAGUAAAAUGGGCCAAAAACUUACCCAGUUUUGCCAGUCUACCAUUUAGAGACCAGGUGAUACUGUUGGAGGAAGCAUGGAGUGAACUAUUCCUUCUCAAUGCUAUUCAGUGGUGCAUGCCCUUAGACGUAUCUGCCAGUCCUUUAUUUAAUAUCAACGAACACGUAAAAAAUGGACACUCGGCUACCGAUGUCAGGAUUUUAGCUGAUACUCUUAUGCGUUUUAAAGCUAUUCACGUAGACCCCGCUGAAUUUGCUUGCUUGAAAGCAAUCGUACUUUUUCGCUCAGAAACAAGAGGUUUAAAGGAUCCAAGUCAAAUCGAAAAUUUACAAGAUCAAGCGCAAGUGAUGUUAUGGCAGCACUGUAGAACUCAACUUCCUGGUCAAGUGGCUAGAUUUGGAAGAUUACUUUUAAUGUUACCAUUAUUGCGAGUAGUUCCCGCGGCUAGAGUAGAAGCAGUAUUUUUUCAAAAAACUAUAGGAAAUACUCCGAUGGAAAAAGUUUUGUGCGAUAUGUAUAAAAAUUAAUGUAAUUAUUUACGUAAAUUUUCAUAUAGUUCUUGUCACUAUCAACGAAUCGGUUUAAAUAAUAUCGCUUUGCACCGUUUACACGUUAAGUGGAAAUAAUUAACGUUUGUUGUUAAGACUCCAAGCGUGGCAUUAAAUUGAUCUAAGUACUACAAGCGGUGCAAUUGGCUCGUAAACGAAUAAUGUACACUCUAAUUUAAAUAAAACUGUAAAUAUUGUGUAGCUAAAAGCUCAUUUUGGCACUAAAUUAAAAUAUAUUAAACCAAGAAAAUUUCAUUGUUGUCACAAAAACACUUAUGAAUGUUACGAAAGUAUUAACAGAUUC